AUGGACCAUUUUUUUUUCCGCAGCAGCAGCCGGGCCGUUGCCGGGGCGGUGGCUUGCACACUUGAAUUUUUGCUACUUUGGCUAUUGCCUAGGAACUUAGAAGCAAGUGUGCAGUUAUCAUUUUAUCAUAGAAGCCCGCUGCUGCUGUGUGCUUUUUUCAAAUUUUGCGAAUGUGUUUCAACUCAACGCGACAACCCAAAAGAUGUGCAGUAUGUCAAUGCAGAAAAACAGGGGAGCGCGUUAUACACAAAAAAACGAUUGGAACUACUGCUACCUGUAUACUGUGAGCUAAUAUGCUCUAACUUUGUAAAAAUUAUAGUCAUAAUUUAUUAAUUGAUGAACUAGAAGAACUCCAAAAAUAAGAAUAACUCGAGGAUCGUAGUCGCGUUUUCUCGAGGAGGCGAUCGUUUGAGGCAGAAGCGAGGCAGCGGUGCGGCUUCGUGUGUCCGAUCGAUCGCCUCGUACUACGGGAGAUAACUUUAUUUAUUAGUGUGCCGCAGUGCAGCAAAAGCGAAACCAAAAGAGCUUCGUUUCAGGUGGUUCCUUUUUCAAGCUUUCUGUAUUCUACUUGUUGAUAGUACACAAAAAUAUCAUCUGAAAAAGUUGCAUGCAAAGGGCUUCCGAUCAUACCAUGAGAAUGAUUUUUACCUAGUUGUAGCUUUGUACUCCAAUUGCAACAUAAAGAUUUUUACCGUUGUUUUCUACAUCUUUCGCGCUGAGAGAAUGAAGUACAAUGGCUCACCAGAGAAAAAAAGUCCACCUCCAUGGCGGGGUUUUACUAUCGUGGUUAGUCUUACUAGUACUCAGAUGCGCGACGCACCUACUAGAUUGACAGAAGUACUAGUAUUUUUCACGACCCCUGUGUAGAAGUGGUCAGGCCCCUGAGGCGAAGGAAUGGUCGACACUUAUCAAAAUGAAAAACUCCCCCUCCCCGAACUGAGAGCAGUUUACGGCAUGACUUGCGUGCACAAGUCAUUUUGUAUUGCAUGAACGAGGCAUGAUCUUUGGUAAAAAAACGAAAAUCCUGUUAAUCAAUACAAAGUCGACACGGAGUUGCUUGGCCUGGCAGUCGCCUCUCCUGUAGCUUGAACAGCAAGAGAAAGCGCCUACUUAUGUAGGUGCCGAUGGAGGUGACAGAACGCCCUCGCUUUCCCUUCGCGCGAUAUCAGUAGUCUUGUGCACACACAUCAGCAUCACCAUCAUCAGGAGGAGGGGGAUUUUUCCCCGCGAUAACGCCACACAUAAUUUUUGUGCAGGGGGAACAAGAAGAUUUAUUUUUCAUUUCGCCAAUCUACUAGGUGGCGUGCCACAUCCAGUUGUAAAGCUUCAAAUAAAUGCGGCUACCACCUCCUGCUUCGGACUUUUAUGAUGUGAAUCUCUUUCUUAACUUGUCGUUUUCUGAGCUAGGAAAGUAAUCACAUUUUUUCAGGCAAUGAAAAAUUCACCAGAGUAUACCUACGGAGAAAAUAAAUUAAAUCAAGACGGGGAAAAUAAAUUUACCAGAGUAUCGAUGUGGUGGUGAGGUGCCAACAUCUCAUAUAUGAGAGUCUUAUUAGGUGGUCUGUGUACCACUUCAGAUAUGAGAGUGCGCAACUCAGCUCCCCCUCAUUUGUCGUGCAAAAAUCCAAGUCCACCCGUCGCCUCUUGGCACUGCAGCAUGAUGGGUCCCGGACCGAAACAGCAAGAGGUUUGUGUUGCUAUGGAUAUUACCAUCCAAAUGAGGGGAAGGGGGACUUGUGCACUUUUAUACCGGAUUUGCUGACCGGGAGGCGAAGGUCAACGGGUUUACUUGCGAGAUUUACUCUACUACCACCUGGUGAGGCACAAGUACAAACACCAUCCGACACGAUUGGGUUACAUCGCACACGAGCAGCAACGUGGUUGCUUCGCCUAAUUCUUCUAUUAGCGCAGAAUCGGGACUAACAACGGAGAGACGAUGAUUCGAGCACUUCGGUGCUCCACCUGCAAAUACUUAAAUUCCUUAUCUUGACGGGAGUAGCGCCGGAAAAAUGGCAGGAAAAGGAUUUGUGCAAGGCUUCGAACUUAACAAUAAGACGACAACAAUCUGUAGCACGUAGAGGAAAUAACAGGCAAGUGACCUACAGUUGCUAAUGGGGGCCGCUGGAAAAAUAACAAGGCGAGACGCGACCGACCCGAAGAAAUACUUUCUUGUUCUUUCACAGCUAGCGAAAUGUUUACAACGUAGCAUCACCAUCUGUAAAAACAAAGAGUGUUUAUUUCUUUAUUUUGGUUCUUCGAUCCAUCGGUAAUUUGAAUUUUUUGACAUUACACAACACAACUCAUACUAAACUAUUGCAGCGAACAAUUGCACACUGUAGACAGAGGCUACGUCUACGGCUGCGCCAAUCUAUUGCGUGCCCGUCACAAACCGACGCCUGCAGAAUUUGCCUUUUUUUCCUGCUCUUGAAGUUAGUACUACGAUGACAUAUACUAUAUGCAAAAUUUUUUCCUAGCUGAUUUUGGAAAGACUUUUUUGCGGAAUUCGAAUUUUGGAAAACAGGAGGAUAAUCCGGGCGGCGAAUUUUUCUCUGCGAAGAUUCGUAUUUUAUAGGCUAUCGUGUCGCGUAGAUACUUAAACUUAUGUAGGACGGCAACAAAAAAUGAGUACAACUAAAUGACACCAUUCUGAUGCAGCGACUCAGUUCUUGCGAGGUGCGGACGACCCCAAAUAAAAAAGGAAUGAACAAUCAAAAAGAAUAAAUCAAGGAGGACUUUUUUAUUCUCAACAUCCAGACUCGCUGCUUCCUUUACCCGGGGCCGCCGCGGCAAAAAUAACGAUUACACUAGCUUGCUCAAGAAUAGAGUAGACCACGAGGUUAGGUAGAAUUAGUUGGGGCGUCAAUCUUGUGUUUGAGUAGCGCAGAAACAACGACUUGGAAAAAUUUCGAGCCGUUUUGCCGGUUAGAGAUGUUCACACAGCGGAAAAACGAUGCUGAGUUUUUGCCUGGCAGCGCGAUGGGCAGAGGAUGUGUUCAAUUGGAUUCCGUACAGUUUCCUUCAGCAUAUGACCUGGCGCCCUGUUUUGUUUCACGCACGACCGG